ACGUUUUUGGUCAAUUCUAAGACACCUUGUGUCUCCUUUGCAAUGAAGAAGCUUGUAUGGAGUCUGACUUCAUUUGGUCUCCUUCUCUUAAUGCUUCCUGUAAAUGGGGUGAUGGAGUAUGAAGAAAUAGAAAGGUUCACAGAUUUUAAUGGAACGAGGAUGGUUGAAAAUGAUGUUCAUUCUGAAGCAAAGCUUCUACGGGUACCACUCACUCUCAUUCAAUCUGGAACUGAAAAUGGAGCAGUGUGUCUAGAUGGAAGUCUUCCCGGAUAUCAUUUUCAUCCCGGGUCUGGUUCAGGAACAAAGAAUUGGCUCGUCCAAUUGGAGGGAGGUCAAUGGUGUGGUACCAUUAAAAGUUGUGUAAACAUGAAAACAACUAGUCAUGGAUCGUCCAAGUAUAUGGAAAAACAGUUACCUUUUACAGGAAUUUUAAGUGACAAAGCCGCAGAAAAUCCAGACUUUUAUAACUGGAAUAGAGUAAAAAUUAGAUACUGUGACGGUGGAUCCUUUAUUGGAGACAUUGAAAAUAAGGCUGCAAAACUUCAGUUUAGAGGAAUGCGAAUAUGGACAGCUGCUAUGGUAGAGUUGAUGGGGAAAGGAAUACGUUCUGCAAAACAGGUUCUGCUCUCUGGAUGUUCUGCCGGAGGUCUUGCAGCGAUAUUACACUGUGAUAAGUUUACGAAUAUGUUUGAUCCUUCCACCAGAGUAAAAUGUCUGAGUGAUGCUGGCCUUUUCCUUGAUGCCACUGAUGUCUCUGGAGGUCAACCUCUUAGCCGUUUAUAUGCAGAUGUAGUAAAAUUACAGAAUAUUGCAACACAGCUCCCUAAUGACUGUUUAAGACGUCUAAAUUCAACUUCGUGUUUUUUCGCACAAAACCUAAUAAACCAAGUCAAGAAUCCAUUGUUUAUUCUAAAUGCUGCAUAUGAUUCGUGGCAGAUCCAAGAGAGUUUAACUCCUAAAUCUGCCGAUCCAAGUGGAAGUUGGUCUGACUGUAGAUUUAACAUCGCCAAGUGCAAUGCAUCUCAGAUCAAGUUUUUGCACGGUUUCAGGACUCGUAUGGUGAAUCUAAUCAGUGGUUUUGGAAAGCCAAGUAAGAACGGAAUGUUUAUUAACUCGUGCUUUGUUCAAUGCCAAACAGAGAAUCAUAACACAUGGUAUACCAAAAAUUCUCCUGCCGUUAAGAACAAGAGGAUUGCAACAGCUGUGGGAGAUUGGUAUUUCGAAAGAGGAGGAGCAAAGCUCAUAGACUGUGCUUAUCCUUGUGACAAGACUUGCCGCAAUGAAGUUGUCGAAUGA